UAGUCACCUCUGGGCACUGCUUAGUCUACCCAGUGACACACCUGAACUCAGCUCCCAGGGAGAGCAGAGGAUGCUGCCAGGCUUGGAGGGGGCUGGACACUACUGUAUCUGCAGCAGAUGCACACACCUGGCCAGCCUGGGGAUGCAAGGAGAGGGUCCCUCAGAGCUCCAAGUCUGCAGCAGGUGCCUAGGCCCACCUGCUCUUGGUUGCUCUGCCCCGGGUGACCACUGUGCCCUACAGGCUGAAAGUAGUAGAGGACAUGGGGUGACCUGGAGCUGGGGGCGUGGCGCUGUAGAAGCUAUGCCCCGAGGGUUAGGUAGACACUGGGUCCAGAGCCAUCUUCUGGAAGAGGCCUUGCCACAUGUGCCAAGGGGUCACAUCAGAAGCCUCACCUCCACAGGAACCAUCGGCCUUGCCCACCCUCACAGGCUCUGGGGACCCUGCACUCUCCAGCCCCUCUGGGGCUCACACAGGGUCUCUGCAGGGCCAGCUGUGUGGACAUGGCUCCAUUCAUGCUUGAGUCCCCUAGGCCAUGGACGGACUCUGGGGAAGGCGGCUCCUCCCUCCUGUGCUUGUGUGGGCACAGUGGGUGCCAGUCAGGGGAGCAGAACAGCCAUGUUCCUGCCUGCCCAAGCCCCGGGCACCCCCACUUCCAUGGUUGGGCCCCUGCUUUCAUCAGGGACCCCUUCCUGGAGCCCAUGUCUCCCGUGGGGAAGGCCAGGCCUCUCCUCCUGUCUGGCUCUCCCUGAGGACACUGCCCUCAGCCCUGUCACCCUGUGCUUCGGUGCUCGGGGCAGCUGGCUGCUGCUUGGCUGUGAGCACACCCUGCCCAGCGUCGGCCCACAGGCAGGUGAGCUGACUGGGCUGCUGGGUGGGGGCAGGCCCGGCCGUCUCCCUCAGGGCCUUCCUGGGGCCUGGGCUCCCUCCCUUCUCCCUCCGGGACCCUCUCUCCAUUCUGUGGCCCUCUUUGGCUGGGCGCAUGUGCCCUGCCCACUGUGCCCACACAGCCCUGGGCCCCAGCCCUCAUCUGCCUUGUGGGUCCCAUGGCAACCAUCCCCAUGGGAACACAGUGGGUGCCCAGGAACCCUCAGGACCUGCCACGACCCAGAAGCUGAAGCCCACUGGAGGGUCAGGCCAGCCCUGCUCCGGGUUCCAGCUACGGUAGGAGGACCAGCCCCGCCCUGAUUGUCACAUGAGGCUGCCCUACUGUCAU